UGUUAGACGUUGACAGGAGAAGCAGACAUGGCGACUUACAGGCGUCGCACACUGCUAAUGUUGAUGUUAUUUUGAAGGGUGACCGGAGAAAAGCAGCAAGCAUGCUCGGCCUGACUUUAAAAGAGGUGUCGUCGGCCUUCAGGGAGGGAAGAAUCUCCCCAACGGAGCUCUGCAGGAAGUGUCUGAAUCGCAUCAAGAAAACUCGGCCCCUGAACGCUUACAUCACCGUUACGGAGGAGCUGUCUCUGAAACAGGCUCAGCAGUCGGAAGCGAGGCUGCGACGAGGUGUCCCCAAAGGUCCCCUGGAUGGGAUCCCCUUUGCAGUCAAAGACAAUUUCUGCACGGCAAACAUCAGGACGACAUGCGCGUCCAAGAUGCUUGAAGGCUACACUCCGCCGUACAAUGCCACCGUUGUACAAAAGCUUCUCGACCAAGGCGCCGUCCUCAUGGGGAAGACUAACAUGGAUGAGUUUGCGAUGGGGUCGGGCAGUACAGACGGGACGUUCGGUCCAGUCAGGAACCCGUGGAGCUACGCGGCUUCGUACAGAACACAGACGGGGGCAGCUCCUGACUCCGACUGGGUCAUCACCGGAGGAAGUUCAGGGGGCAGCGCCGCAGCGGUCGCCUCGCUCACAAGCUACCUGGCUUUGGGCUCAGACACGGGCGGUUCAACCCGUAAUCCCGGAGCACUGUGUGGCGUCGUCGCCCUGAAGCCCACUUAUGGCCUCGUGUCAAGGCACGGCCUCAUUCCCUUGGUCAAUUCCAUGGAUGUCCCUGGAAUUAUUACACGUAGCGUCAACGAUGCAGCUAUUGUUCUUGGUGUCCUCCAAGGCAUUGAUGUCAAAGACUCAACCACAGUUCCUGCUCCAUCAGCACUAGUAGAGCUUCCUGAAGACUUUGAUGUCAGGAAUCUCCGUGUUGGCAUCCCUAAGGAGUACCAUGCCCCCGGCCUGUCUGAGGAGACCGUGGCUCAGUGGAGUCGUGUUGCAGACUUGUUUGAAAGAGCGGGAGCCCGGGUGGAGCAGGUUUCCCUCCCACACACCCAGUACUCCAUCGUCUGCUACCACAUCCUCUGCUGCGCUGAGGUGGCAUCAAACAUGGCCCGAUUUGACGGGCUGGAAUACGGCCACAGGAGUGAGAUGGAGAGCUCCACUGAGGUGAUGUAUGCUUCAACCCGGCACGAGGGCUUCAACGAUGUAGUCAGGGGGAGGAUUCUCUCCGGAAACUACUUCCUGCUCAGACAGAACUACCAGCACUACUUUCUAAAGGCCCAGAAAGUCCGCCGGCUGAUCGCGGACGAUUUCGGCCGCGUUUUCGGCUCAGGAGUCGACGUGCUUCUAACUCCCACAACUCUUACUGAUGCGGUCCGUUACUAUGACUUCACACAGGAAGACAACCGCACACGCAGCACACAGGAAGAUAUGUUCACCCAACCUGCAAACAUGGCAGGGCUUCCUGCUGUCUCUGUGCCGACUGCUUUAUCACGACGAGGCCUUCCCAUUGGCUUACAGCUCAUAGGCCCCGCCCUGGAAGACAAGAAGCUGCUGUGUGUCGCUCGGUGGAUGGAGCAGAGGGUUGGCUUCCCAUCCAUCAAUGACUGCGAUGGCUCACAGGAGAGCAGGAAUGAUGCGGGAGUGACAAGGGAGCAGACGUCAGCUGUCUGAGGAGCACCUUUGAUACAAUCGGGACUAUAUUUCCUUUCAGGAAGUUUUAUGUGGAGGUGUUGAAUCACAGAUUAUGAUGUCUUAUGAUGAUAAAGUAUAUGUAAUAAAGCGCAGCAUUUAAAAACAUGACCUGUGUAAAACAGUGUGCGGGUCAAAGGGGACGUUGCAUCACAUCCUGUUAAGCAGACUUCAUGCUGGCAUUCUUAGCUGCUUCAUAGUUGCAUUGCCAAAGCACUGUAGCUCAUAAUGAGAAACUGCGUUUCUCUUCUCUAUGUGUGGUCUGCUGGGUUUUUGAAAGUGAUUUACAGACUGGCUCACUAAGCCUCCAUGGCUCCCUUCAGUACAUUGCACACGCAAAAGCAAGUUUUAAUCCCAAAUGCUUAGACUUUCCUCAUCUGCAUUUUAGCGUUGGACAGUUGGUGGUUAAUUUUUGAGACCGUUUAUUCUCAAAUCAUGCGUGUGAGAAUUAAAACACUUAUAAAAACU